AUGGUGGGAGGAGCUUUGUCCACCAGAAUUAGAAAAGAUCCUAGAGAGAAAGGUGAAGAACACGGUUCUCAAGAGGAGGAUUUGAAACCCAAAGUGACGAAGAUGAAGAAAUCCAAAGCCAUCAAGGACACAAUGACGACGACGAUAAUGGAUAUGUGCGAGUACUUGUUGGCUGAAAUCCUAGCAUGGCUUCCGGUGUUUACCCUGCUGCGAUGCAAGGCGCUACUAUUAUGUUGCUUCUCUUACAACACUGCAACUUGUUCGAAACCCUUUACCCAAUAUUCAGUUUCCCCUCCCGCAUUGAUUGGAUCUAGUAAUGGUAAUAUUCAGUUUUGCCUCCCCCAUUUGAUUGGAUCUAGUAAUGGUCUUGUCUGCUUAUUUGAACGUGGAAAACGUGUUAUUUGGAAUCCUGCAACCAGGGAAACCAAGGUGAUGCCACCUUGCUCUGUUCAGAAAAGUACUGCUCAAGCAGCUGCAUUUGGUUUUGAUGCCAUUAACAAUGACUAUAAGGUCUGUGUGAUUCACUUAUUUGGUAAUGAUUAUUACCCUGAGCCUGUGCGGUUCAAGCUUGAGGUCUACAGCCUGAGAACUGAUUCUUGGAAUUUGAUUACUGGAAGUGAUGAGUUGCAGGUCGAUCUGUUCUAUAUCGAUGAAAGGGUUGGUGUGUACAAUAAUGGAGUCUUUUCGUGGGUAGCAUUUGCUCAUAAAAAAGAUCCGCGGAGUGAAUAUGGUAUAUCAUGGAAACAUUCAAUAAUUUCAUUUGACAUCAACACCCAGGUGAUCACGACCACGCCCUUGCCAAGUGAUAUUGGUGUUCAUGAGCCUAUGCUAUAUUAUAAUUAUAUCGGGGCUUUAGAUGGAGUCGUUUCUGUUCUUAAAUGACAUGCGUCAGCCCGAGGGCGAGGAACAUUUUGAGCGAUAUUUUGAUUUUUGGAGGUUGCAUGAAAUUGGCAAUGAGGGGUCAUGGGAAAAAUAUUGGUCGCCAAAUUCACCCCUUCAAUGGUAGACAACUACAUGGAUACAUUGGAAUGACAAUUUGGUGUUCAAGAGGCGAAAUGAUGGUAACCUGUGCUUGUUUCGGGCUGCUACUGAAGAAGAGAUUGUUAUUGAAGGUCCCAGAUACCUCUCAAUCCACUUUGUUCUAUACAGUGAGAGCCUGGUUAAAAUCAACUAGGCAACAAUUUUGGAACAAGAAAAUAGCAACGGGGAUUCUUACUAUUUUGGUGACUUUAAAAUCUUUUUAGCUGGUUUUGUCUCUGUAGUUAAGUAAUUGACCAUAUGAAACUUUGAGAACUUUUAAACUCAAGCAAUGUAUGUUUGGUUGCUCAUUAAGCAGCACUUCACCUUGUUAAUGCCAUCUGCCCAAAAGUAAAUGAUAUUGUGAUCAUUUGCAAAGCUUAUUUUUAUGUCUAUACAUGUCUAAUUGAAACUCUCCGCCUCUUUGAUAUUCUAUUAGAAAAUGAGU